AUGGCGACUCAAUCAAGUCCGACUGAGGACACUCCGCUGCAGAUGAAGACGAAGAUUAAUGAGCCGCAGUGGACGCGCUUUCUCGCCGGUGGAAUGGCAUCGGCGACCGCCGAGCUGCUGACGCUGCCAAUUGAUAUCACCAAGGUGCGGUUGCAAGCGCAGCGUUCUGGCUCUACUAUAGGCGGCAAGCCGGUGGUGUAUUACAACGGUAUGGUCCAUGCCGCGCAGACCAUAAUCAAGCAUGAAGGUCCCGGUGCACUUUGGAAUGGAGCCACGCCCGCGUUGCUGCGCCAAGUCUCAUACACGAGUAUCUGCAUGGUGCUAUAUGAACCGCUGCGCAAUGCAUUUGGAGCUAACGUUGCUCACAGUAUAAAUGGCGAAGUACCGUUCAUCAACAAGUGUUUUGCGGGAGGAUGUGCCGGCAUUAUUGGCAUCAGCAUUGCCAACCCUGUGGAUGUUAUUAAGGUGCGAAUGCAGGCGGAUCGUUCGGGCAAGCUGUACCGUGGUGUGAGUGAUGCAUUUGGUGUAAUUUAUCAGCGGGAGGGUAUGCGCGGAUUUCUUCGUGGCAUGCCGCCCAACAUUCAGCGUGGUUUUAUCGUAAAUGCAGCCGAGCUCGGCACGUACGACCACAGCAAGGAGCUAUUGAUUUCUUCAGGGCUGUUCAAGGAGGGAAUGCUUGCACAUACUGGUGCAAGCUGUGUGGCAGGCUUUGCUGGUGCGGCUGCAUCUAACCCGAUCGAUGUGGUGAAAACACGUUUAAUGAGUCAGUCAACGGACGCAAGUGGUAAGGAACUUCAUUACAAGGGCAUGAUGGACUGCAUGCGAAAGACGUUCAACGAGGGUGGUGCGAGUGCUUUCUACAAGGGCUUCAUCCCGAACUGGAUGCGAAAGGCGCCUUGGUGUAUCGUAUUCUUUGUCAUGUACGAAAAGUAUCGUGCAGCAUGGGUGCCUAGCGACGAGUUGCAGACCGUAAGAUUGCCAGCAAGUGCUGCUAGAUCGAAAGAUUCGUAA